AUGAAUAAGAACCAGACCAAAUCCAAAGACAAUGUCAAGUCGUUCGUCAGAGGGAUCGGUUUUGCCAAGACAGAGAAUCCAACAAACGCUUCGACGGUUCCCCCUUCUGCUGUUCCUAAAUCUUCUCCCACAGCCAGUCCAACUCAAGUUCCAACGGCUUCUCCCACAACCAGUCCCACUGCUGCUCCCUCAGAUGAAUGGAUCCAAGUGUCUCACAACAAUACGCUCUAUCCUUCGGAUAUAUUUUGUCGGCGCAAUGCAGGACGAGAUGAGUGCCAGCGGCGCUGCGCUGCAUACGAGGGAACGCCCCGCAACCGCAUGAUCAUGGCCAAGAUGAACAGGGCUGGCGUUGGGGAUCGAAAGGCCGUUUUCAUGUCCCUCUCGGAACUGGCCGGAUAUCUCUGCGCCACGAUCACAGAAAAAGAACUUGACCAAAACACAGCGGCCAUGAGAAGAGGAGAUUCGCCACCCGAAGAUGGCAUUGUCUGGCAAAAAAUUGAUACCUGGAGUGACGAUACCAUUACCCGUAACUGUAACUUGGCCAGAAUCAUCUCCAUGCGAGAACAGCACGAUGGCAAGGAACCCAACCGCUUCAUUUGGAACAUGAACGCAAAGUUUUACAGUGUCAGGGAUGCCUUUUGGAAGGAUAUCCAGGCUCUGGAAGCAUCGUCUCCUUCCACGCUUCGGCUCCCCACGAUAGGGGGGAGUCCUCCCCUAUAUCAAGAUGGAAACUGCCCCCAUCAUCGAAGACAUGUCCAAUGAGCUUUGGAAUGUGAUUCUCCAAAACAAACUAAGCACUGCUCCUCAAGACACAUAUAUAAGCGCGGCCGGAUCAAAACCCGGACGGCACCGUCUGUCAUCGUCCGGAGGUCCAGUCAAACACCUAGUCGAGAAAAAGGGGAAAACAAAAAGUGAGGCACCACAAUGAAGCUCACAAGCGUUCCAGCACCAAUGACACACUCUUACCAUAGCACAAACUCAAUAAAACAGAUAGACUUUAUGGCUGUUAACCU